AUGGGUAUGGCACUUCGCAAGAAUCCACAUCCAGAGCUUCCGAUGGUGGAGUUACGAGACCUGAACGAGACGCACGUACCGAGAAAGAUAUACCAUCAAGAGUCUACAUUUCCACAUCAUGCCAGUAUUUCCCACAAUUCAUCGUCAACUGCGGCCUCGUCUGUCAGAAGUCCGCUCUUCUUCAACAACUUAUCUUCUGAGGCCACCGAAUACAUGCGACUAACGCCAGUGAACAUAAAGAAUCUCACUUCUCCAACUCGCGGUCCUGAGAGCCUGGCACCCGCCAUUAAUGACGAAAACUCCAACUACACUGCCUACAAGGAGAAUUUCAAUCUCAUCAGUCGUAAGCUGGAAAAGUUGCUCGAUGAACUCAAUGUAAUAUACCGUGAAAUUGGUUAUUCCAACACUGAGAUAUCGGACAAGGAAAAACUUAUCUUUAACCACAUCUCAGACUCCAUCACUGGGUUUUUUGAACAUGCGAACCAGGAGCGUGAUAGUAUAACUGCUGAUAACCAGGUUUCACAACAAGUCAUACAACGUAUUCUACAGGUUAUCAAUGACCCAAAGGGCACUGUCACGAUUCCAGAUCUGUACACAAGAAAUGUCAUUGUCAAUUCCGGAGAACAAAACUCCAGCUCUCCCAGAAAACAAUCUUCCCUGCUAACAAGACGCAAGACAAUCACCAAAGCUAAAAGUUAUGUGAUCAAAACCUAUACUCCAAAGUUGAACAAUUACCUAGACAGUGUCAUCAAAUUAAAGACAGUAGCAUCAGCAAUUGGCGAUUUUGAGCCUGUAGAACAGGAAUGGGAUGUCCAUAAGCUACUCUCAGUUGUACCCCCUCUUGAAACCUGCAAAUAUUACAAGACGUGCUUAUCCUCCGCGCACCACGAUGUUGACAAGACCUGCGAAUUUAUCAUAAAUCACCGCCAGGCGCUUUUGAGCACCAUAAAUUUCAAUGAUGUUUCUGAUACAAUGGUGGAACGAGUUGAAACCAUCACUUCUAUGUUUGAAAGAGAGUUUGAGAUUAGAACAAAAAAACUGCACACAAUCGGGAAAAGCAUCCUCUCACUAUUGAAAGUUUUGGAUUUGAACGCAGAAACGAACCUAGAUGAGCCAACACUGCAGAUUUUAAGACAGAUCCCGAUGGAUUGUGGCAACAAAAGCAGGCAACUUCAUACUGCCAAAAAAUUCAAGGUUUCCUCGUCAACUGUGGAAAGGCUCGACCAAGUGUGUCGAAAAUUCAGAACCAUUGAACUAGAACGCAAGCAGGAAAAAGAGAAACACGUCCAAAACUGCUAUCAAUUAUGGGAAAAACUAAAAAUACCUCAGUCGUACAUCAACAAGUUUGAAACUAGUAAUAGCGACUUGUCGGUAACCGCUUUGAAACAUUAUGCUGAGGAGUUAAGCAGACUACAAGAGAUGAAGAAGAAAUUGAUCAAAAACCUCAUUCAGGACUCUUGGAAUAAGAUACAAGAUUUGUGGUCAGCAAUGCAUCUCUCGGGCAAAGACACGACCGCCUUCAAAGAGAUGUUUAGUACCAUGAUUGAACGAUCUAAAACUUUAGAAGACGAUGAGAAAGUCUUGGAGACUUGUGAGGUAGAGAUUGUAGACCUCGAGAAAAAGUAUGCUUUAUACAAACCACUCUUAAAAUUGAUUGACGAGUUCCGGUCACUGCAAAGCGACAAGUUCAGCUUGGAAAAGAGCAGUAGAGACUCUUCGAGACUGCUACUCAGAAAUUCUCACAGAAUCCUAUUAGAAGAGGAGAAAACAAGAAAACGAAUCACAAGACAUUUUCCCAAUGUAAUCCGAGAGCUAGUGCAAAAGCUGACUACAUUUGAAGAGGACUCCGGAAAGCCAUUCAUGCUGGAGGGAGCCAGGUUUUUAGAAUCUGUGCUUCAACAGGAGCAGGAGAUCAUAAGCAAGUAUCCCAGAAGCAGAAUAAAUUCUAAUUUCAAAAGCGGAUGUGUGGCAGCAGCGACUAAGCCUAAAAUAUCACCCGUCAACCGAUCCCCAAGAAAGGAUCGAGCACAACCUCGGACGCAGCCGAAAAGUCAUAGAAAAACAGUUCAAAGGACACCUUUGAAGAGUUCCAUUAGCGGAACGACAAACACGUCACUAUCGAGCGAACAGAGCAGCACCAAACCCUCAUACAACCGAUAUAUGAGAGCGACACGAAUGUCAAGCCCCAUACGCGACGUCGAGCAUGAGAUUCCGUCAAUAAACUCUAUGCGCAGUAGCCCAACAAAAAUUCCGACAUUGACAAGAAGUGCUACAUUUCCAAGAGAGAGUACUUUUUUCAGCUCAAAUUUGAAGCCAAAGACUCGAAUGAUGAUACCAGAAGGGCUAACACAAAUUUCACCAAAUAAGUUGAACACGUUGGAUAUACUUAAGGCCAAAAAAUUCGGCAAGAAAAUGCCUGAAGCUAGUGACAAAAUGUCUUUGAUACCCCUGUUAGAAAAAGCAGCAAGUAGGGACAAAGAAAAUAUGGCACCACUAUAUUCGCUCAAGUCACCAAUAAAAGUGGUGGAGGGUGCUUUUCCAACAUUGCAGUCACCUCAAAGAGAAACCAAUAACUCAGUUUACAAAAUAAGCAGAUCACCAGAGGGAAAGUUUGUAUUGAAUGUUGAAUCAAAUGUGACAGAAAGUGGGGAAGGAGAGGACACCAGCAUUAUGGCAGAUGAUGAUAAUUUUGCAAUAUGGAAACGUGAGAGAUUAGCAAGAAUCGAUAGUAUGGAAGGAAGCAAUGACGACCUUCCCUCUAGCGUAAAUUGGGAAACGGAUGUAUUUUGA